AUGUAUCCGCAGAAGUUAUCACUAUCGGCUCCAGCAUCUGCAAAUGCUGGUAGGCGACAUAACAAGGCCCAUGAUUCUGUUUAUGCGCCCAGCACUACUGAAACGAAUGUACAUACUACUGAUACAAUACAACAAGAUCGCAUUGCUUGGCAAACUAUGUCUCAAUAUUUGACUCUUCGGCUGAUGCAAACACGACGAUCCAGCACAACAAACCGUACCGAUCGAGCAUUUUCACAAGCAGACGUACCUUCACAAUACAUUCGAAAGCUUCCUCAUAAGAGUAAUCAUUUAAAAGUGCCGCCAUCAGCUAUAUCCGAUGAAAUAUCGGAACGUAGCUUCAAACACUUGGAUCCAGUUACAUUGGAAUUUGAUGAAGAUAUCGUCGAAGGCACACCAGCACUUGAAACUGAUGUACAUAUCAUACCAUUGGACAGGCUAGUUGAACGUUUUAACAGUAAUUUAACAAUCGGACUGGCCGAUAGCAUCGUAGAACAACAACGUACAAUCUACGGAAAAAAUAAACUAACACCAUCACGUCCGCCAAGUCUUAUUUGGAUGUUCAUCAAACAAUUGCUUAUCGGAUUUAAUGGUGUCUUAUGGCUUGCUACUCUGUUUGCUUUUCUCAGCUACAAACCAUUUGGAGGUUCCGAUCCUGACGUGACCAAUCUCGCUUUAGCUGGCAUACUGGUUUUUGUCAUUGUGUUCAAUGCAUUGUUUAACUUCUAUCAGGAAGUAAAGUCAAUGAAAAUUGUCGCAUCCUUUUCAAAAAUGCAACCUGCACUUGCCACCGUUAAACGAAAUGGUGUUGAAAUGCAACUUAGUGCAGAGGAACUUGUGCCUGGCGAUAUCGUUCGUAUUCGUCUCGGCGACCGAAUUCCAGCUGACUGUCGAUUGAUUUCGUGCGAUGAUCUUCAAGUAGACACGUCUCAAUUGACUGGCGAGUCGCUACCGGUUACGUGUACGGUUAAAUGCACAGAUAUGAACUUUAUGGAAACGACCAAUAUGGUUUUCUACUCGUCCCUCGUUGUUCAAGGCUCAGCUGAAGGCAUAGUAACUAAUAUUGGAGACAAAACUGCACUUGGACAAGUUGGUCAAAUGACUCGAAGCACUGGUAAUUCAGAAGUGACAGGACUUCAUCGAGAAAUCAACCGUUUUGUCCUAUUUAUCAUCAUCGCUGCAUUCACAUGUGUUAUUCUCUUAUGGAUUACUUGGGCUGCCUGGCUCAAUAUCGUCCAUGAAGGAUAUAUCACCGUUAAUGNUCCACCCGAUCUGACUGAGGGAAUAUGUCCGCUCAAUCUUUCGAUAACAGAGCUUACUUCGAUUUAA